GGCGCCGGUCCGCCCAGAGCCUGCAAGGUCGGCCUGGAGAGGAGGCGUGGUGUCCCGCGGCCGGCUGGGACUUUGCGGAGCCGGACCUGCGGGACUCACAGGAUGGGCUGAGUCGGCGGCGGCUCUCAGGACGAGAAGCCAGGCUUGAAAAUGGAGAUGUAUGAAACUCUUGGAAAAGUGGGAGAGGGAAGUUAUGGAACGGUCAUGAAAUGCAAACAUAAGGAUACUGGGCGGAUAGUGGCCAUUAAGAUAUUCUAUGAGAAACCAGAAAAAUCUGUCAACAAAAUUGCAACGAGAGAAAUAAAGUUUCUAAAGCAAUUUCGGCAUGAAAACCUGGUCAAUCUGAUUGAAGUUUUUAGACAAAAAAAGAAAAUUCAUUUGGUAUUUGAAUUUAUUGACCACACAGUCUUAGAUGAGUUGCAACAUUACUGUCACGGACUAGAGAGUAAGCGACUGAGAAAGUACCUGUUCCAGAUUCUUCGAGCGAUUGAGUAUCUUCACAAUAAUAACAUUAUCCAUCGAGAUAUAAAGCCUGAGAAUAUUUUAGUCUCCCAAUCAGGGAUCACUAAGCUCUGUGAUUUUGGGUUUGCAAGGACAUUAGCAGCUCCUGGGGAUGUCUACACAGAUUAUGUGGCCACUCGCUGGUACAGAGCUCCAGAACUGGUGUUAAAAGAUACCUCUUACGGAAAACCAGUGGACAUCUGGGCUUUGGGCUGUAUGAUCAUUGAGAUGGCCACUGGCAAUCCCUACCUUCCUAGCAGUUCAGAUUUGGAUUUGCUCCACAAGAUUGUUUUAAAAGUAGGCAACCUGACCCCGCACCUGCACAAUAUCUUUUCCAAGAGUCCUAUCUUUGCCGGGGUGGUUCUUCCUCAAGUUCAACACCCAAAAAAUGCAAGAAAGAAAUACCCAAAGCUCAACGGAUUGCUGGCAGAUAUAGUUCAUGCUUGUUUACAAAUUGACCCUGCGGAGAGGAUAUCAUCUACUGAUCUUUUGCGUCACGAUUACUUUACUAGAGAUGGAUUUAUUGAGAAAUUUAUACCAGAGCUGAGAGCUAAAUUAUUACAAGAAGCCAAGGUUAAUUCCUUCAUAAAGCCAAGAGAGAAUUUUAAAGAAAACGAACCUGUGAGAGAUGAGCGGAAACCAGCUUUUACCAACACGCUGCUUUAUGGAACCACAUCAGUUCAUGGAAAGGAAACGGACAAAGACAAAAAACCCAAGGAGAUCAAAGUCAGAGUUCUUAAGGCCAAAGGAGGGAAAGGCGACGUUCCAGACCUGAAAAAGAUAGAGUGUGAAGGUGAACAUCGCCCGCAGGGCACAGCCGAUGACACGCACGCCUUGUCUCAGGAUAGAAAGCCUGCCAUUGCUGAAGUGCCAAACCCUGUCAAUCCCAGCAUGCACCCUGACGGUGUCAAAGAAGACCCACAUGCUGGAGGUUGUAUGAUAAUGCCACCCAUCAACCUGACAAGCAGUAAUUUGAUGGCUGCAAAUCUCAAUUCAAACCUCUCCCACCCUAAUUCACGGUUAACUGAAAGAGCAAAAAAGAGACGCACUUCUUCACAAACCAUUGGACAGACUUUGUCUAAUAGCAGACAGGAGGACACAGGUCCCACACAAAGCCAAGCAGAGAAAGGCGUGUUUAACGACCGAACAAGUCAGAGUGACCAAAUGGCAAGUGGAAACAAAAGAAAGCUGAAUUUUCCCAGAUGCGACAGGAAAGAAUUCCAUUUCCCUGAACUGCCAUUCACAAUACAGGCGAAGGAAACGAAAGGAAUGGAAGUUAAACAGGUGAAAGUGCUGAAGAGAGAGGCAAAAAAAACAGAUUCACCUAAAAUACCAACUUUACUCACUGUGGACCCAAAUCAAGAACAACAAGAGGGUGGAGAUGGCGAUUGUGAGGGGAAGAAUUUGAAGAGGAACAGAUUUUUUUUUUCCCGGUAGUGUUUUGUCUUUUAAGUAAUCUUAAAAAUACAAGCUUGACAACUCUUCCCUUUUUACUUUAUAUACAACAGAAUGUAGCAUAGGUUGCUGUUAAGAUAGCCAUCCAUCCCGUCUGCAUCAGCAUCAUCUGCUUUUUUUAUUGUUGUUGUUAGCAGAAUUUUAACCAUUUUUCUCUUCCAAAAACUGGUAUUUGAUGCUGCGAUCUGGAAUUAUAACAUCACCUUCCCUCUGACUGUCCUUCCUUGCCAUGAUUACUGAGUGGGUAGCACAGCAUCACAUGAUGCGCCCUGCUCCCCCUGCUCUCUGCCUGCUGAAAGUCAGGCCUCCAAGCAGUUGCCUCCUGGAAAGUGCUGGCUUCUUCAAGUGAAUGCUCGAUGAACCUCCUGUCUGUUGUCUUAGUAACUAUCCAAUACCAACGCAUGACGAAAAACAUUCUGUUGGUCAGCAGUGAAGCAUUUAUAACACUUAUGUAACAUUUACAGUGAUAUGAUGUCCCAGGGUUAAAUUUCCUGUAAAACAAUCAAUUGCAAGCAUUCUUCCAGUUCCCUAGACUGAUAGUCCCUUCCAUUUAGCUGGAAGAAUUUCCCUAAAGAAACUAUGCACAACCUGGAAAAGGUUUACUUUCUCUGCUGGGCUGUUUUCUGUUGCUGAAUAAUACAGACUGGGUAGCAAACAUAAAAAAUAGAGAUUAUUUAGCUUGUGGUUCUGUAGGCUAGAAGUCCACUGCCACAGGCUGAUUUCUCUCGGCGUCUAAGAGGGCCUUGCUACAGUCAAGCAUGGUGGAGGUCACCACGUAGAGAGGCAGAGCAAGCCACUAAUACCUGGAGGUGCCAGUUCAUGUCCUCAUCUAUUCUGAGUCACCUCCUAAUGGCCCCAGCUGCCUAAGGCCACUGACAUAUUAGCUUGGGGUUAACUUUAUAGCACAUUAAUUCCUCAUCCCCGCCCCCGCCCUGCUCUUGGGGAUGCUGAGAAAUGAAUUCAGGAUGCACACAUGAGAGGCAAGCUGGCUACCCCUGAGCUAGCAUACGGACCUUUUGUUGUUUUGUUUGAAGACAGUUUCUUAUUAAAUACAGCCUAAACUGAUCUAGUACUCUAUAUGUAGCCCAGGCUAGUCUCAGACUUGGAGCAAUCCUCCUGCCUUCAUCUCCUGAAUUCUCAGAGUAUAGCCAUGUUCCACACAUGAACUUUUGUAGGGUAUAU